GCUCUUCGCCCUCCCCCAGGCCAACACCGUCAGCCAGUCAGAGCCCGCUGCAGUUUCGGAGCCGGAGGGGCGGCGGGCAUUGGCUGGGACCGCAGGAAGGGCUGGGAAUCUAUUUGGCUCGCAAGCCGCCGGGAGGAAUCCAGCUGACACCAACUCCGCAUUGCCCUGUGGUCGUGGGGGAAAGCAGAAGGAAGUGGGCACGUCACAGCGGUGCACCUUGAGGAGAGGUCGACAAGGAGCAAACUGCCGGGAGAGGUCCAGUCUCCUAAGAAUAACUGUGCUUAAAGAAGACAGUUCUCAACAUGGAAAAACCAUGCAAAGAAAACGAAGAACAGCCACCGAGCAAGCCAAAGAUCAGUGAGGAGCGGCCUCCUUUGGAGCACCCUCCGGAAAAGCACUCCCCCGAGGAACAGUCUUCAGAGCAGUCCUCGGACGAGGAGUUCUUUCCGGAAGAACUCCUUCCUGAGCUCCUUCCUGAGAUGCUACUUUCUGAGGAGCGUCCUCUUCAGGAGAGCCUUUCUAGGAAGUACCUUUUUGAGGAGCGCCCUCCAAUGGAGCAGCCUCCUUGUGGAGUAGGAAAAGAUAAGCUAGAAGAAGGAAGUUUUAAAGAAAGGCUGGCUCGUUCUCGCCCGCAACUAAGAGGGGACAUACAUGGCAGGAAUUUAACCAAUGAGGAGAUGAUAAAGGUAGCAGAUGACAUGGAAGAGAUGAAAAGAGUAAGAAACAAACUGAUGAUAAUGCAUUGGAAGGCAAAACGAAACCGUCCUUAUCCUAUUUAAUGUGCUCUGCUUUGAAUUCUGUUUUGCCUCAUAUUAGUAUUGCCACCUGAAAUUUCUGUUUGCAUUUUUUUACAGAUCGUUUCCUAUCUUAUUAAUUUUAACUUUUUGCGUGGCUUUGUUUUAGGUGUUUCUCUUGUAACUGGUAUAAAACUGUUUUUAUUUCCCUACAAUCUGCAAGUUUCCCUCUUUCCAUCAUGAAUUUCACCCCAUAUGCAUGGAAAGGUGUACUUUAUAUAGUAAAGUGAAAAGAACAGUUUUCAAAAAGUAUAUAUAGUAUCCUGUUUUUGUAAAAAAAAUACUUGUGUAUUUAUAUAUUAACAUGCAGAGAAAAAAAAAACUGAAUGUAUAUGCACCAGAAGCUUAACAGUGACUAUCUGUGGUAAGAUAAUAGGUAUUUUUAUUUUGUUUUUUUAUUUUUGCUGUAUCUGAAUUUUUUUAGUUUUUCAAGAUGAACUUGUGUCAUGCUUAAAAAAACAACACAAUGACAUAAUGAAAAAAUAUGAAGCAAUAAAAAAAAAUGCCAUUCAGUUCAUAUGGUCAAUGGGACACUUAAUAAAUACUUGUCAGAACUUAAAAAAAGAAAAAAACAUAUCCCAAGUUUCUUCCGAAUCUCUUAGGUAGAAAUAUGGCUUCAUCGCCAUCCUAGUGUGGAAGCAAGAAUGAACAUGUUGGGAAGAUAAAAAAGAUCUCUAUUCUCUGCUUCACUUAAUUUAGUACAAUCACAAUGUUCCCGUACUCUGCUAAGAUCCUACAGUUUAAAAGAACCAAUACUUUUAAUAUCUUCUCCAGAUGUCUCUCUGUUUAUACUAUGCUGAUGAUGAAAAUUUUCCACCGAGUGUGUUCUGCAUCACAGUCCUUCUUCUGGUUAAAUAAAAUUUCUGCUAGAGGUUCCUUUCAUGCCAGAGCUCUUACAUAUUUUUUCCUCCAUUUUUCUCUCUGCCUUUCUCACAUUCAUUUUUCUUCUCUCAUAGCUUUCUGAGCCACUACUUCAUUUAGAAGUAAAGGAUGUAAUUCAUUAUAUUUCUUCUAUAGUCACUGGAAGAAUAAAUGAGGCUCUCUUAGUAGCUAACUUACAGUUGUUCAGUUAUAUGGGAAGAACCCAACUCUGAACAAUUUAGCAUACUAAAUAAAUCAUAGACUAAAAGGGGCAACUCAACUUCCAAAAUGCUAAACUAAACUUUCGUACAUUAGCUGAAGUUUGAUUUAAUAAGUACAUGUAUAUAAUUGCUUUUAAUUCUAUAAAAGUACUGUAAUAAAGUAAUGCAACUUAAGAAAAUAUGUAUUCACGUAUACAUCCAAAAGAAUAUUGUUCUUCAAGGUAGCACUU